AUGCGCCGAAGACAAACGACAAGAAGGACAUCAACAACUAAUGAUAACGAAGAUAUAGUCAAUCCAAUUGAUGAAAUAUGGAAGAAAAUUGAGUCAAUAGAACAAGAAGUCAAUCAACGAUUUGAAGAAAUUGAUCAUGGUCUCAACUGUUUGAAAGAAAAAACUCGUGGAAAUGAAUGUCAUUAUGAUGAACGUUUCUUAAAACUUUGUCACGCUGUAGACUAUCUUCUUGAACGUAUUGAUCACGAUUAUGAUACAUUAGCGUGUCGUGAGAUGAUCUUGUCUUUACUCGGUCAAAGGUCAGCACGUCCGUUCUCUGGACGUACGAUUCGUAAUCGACAAUUAUGUCGACAUAUGAAAAGAUGGUGUUUAUUUGUUGCUCUUGUUCUUUUUAUUGUGGCAUGCAUGUCAAUUUAUGGAUUACAUCGUAAUUGGUGUUAUCUUUUAAUUUUAGUUCGUGCUCGAGCAAUUCAAAAUCAAUGUUUUCUUGUGGCUGCUGCUCAAGUUGCUUCUCAGAAUAGAAAACGUCAAUCUUAUGGAUAUUCUUUAGUUGUUGAUCGAUGGGGAAGAGUUCUUUUAUAUAUGAAUUUAUAUUCUCCAUUAGUUCGGAUAAUUGAUAUUGAUCUUCGAUAUAUUGAACAAGUUAGAGAAAAAAUGCCUUUUAUUCAACAUCGUCGACAUGAUUUAUAUACAUUAAUGUCACCAACAACUAUUAUUGUACCAAUUGAUGAUAAAAAUGAAGAAAAAAUUGGUUGGGAUGUAGUUGUAUCACCAUUUCGUUGUGUUGAACGAUUUUCUCAAUUAAAUCCUGAAUAA